AUGGCAGAUGAUAAUAAUUAUCGUUCAGCUGAUAAUGGACAACAAAAUGAUCGAAGUAUUAUAUCAGGAAAUGAUGCAAAUGCUACUUCCAACAGUUAUAGUUCAAUUAAAAAUGUUGCAACAAAUGAUAAUGAUAAUCUUAAUUACAAUGUUCUAGAUACCGCAUAUAUUGAUAUGAAUAAAAGAAUCGCAGAGUCUGAUGAUUCAAGUGAAGCCUUAGAAGAAAGCAAAAAAGCGGACGAUACUCAUUCAUUAUUUAAAAGAUUGAAAACAAUAUCUAAUGCAACGGGAGAAAGUUCAGGAAGCAGUAAUAUUUUUGAAAGACGGGAGAAACAUUUAAUAUAUAAUUGUUCUACAGCAUUAAGUUUACUAAAUACGCUCAAGUUAAAGGCUUUGAAGAAUCGACUUCGUUCUUUAAAAAAACUUAUCAAGCAGCGUUUGCCAGACCCAAGGUCAAAACAUCCUGCAAAUUUCAAGAAGUAUAAGAAUAUAGCAGAUACCGAGUAUUUAGAAAGUUCGGAAUGCUCAAACACUUCAACAAAUUCAGAACAAUUCAAAAAUUACGGAUGUUCAAGCUCGGUUGAUACGACCGAGCAUUCGGCCAAUUGGAAACAUCCAACAAAUUCCGAACAUUCAUCAAAUGAAGAAGAUUUAUCAAAUUCACAACAUUCGACUGGUUCAGAACAUUCAAGUGAAGACAAUCCAUCGGAUUCACAACACUCGACUGAUUCGGAAAAUUCAAAUCAUGAUCCAUCGGAUUCACAACAUUCGAGUAGUUCGGAACACUCAACAGAUUCUGAGCAAUCAAAUGAAGAUUUAUCAAAUUCACAACAUUCAACUGGUUCAGAACAUUCAAGUGAAGACAAUCCAUCGGAUUCACAACACUCGACUGAUUCGGAACAUUCAAAUCAAAAAGAUCGAUCGGAUUCACAACACUCGAGUAGUUCAGAACAUUCAGAUCAAGAAGAUCCAUCGGACUCACAACAUUCGAGUAGUUCGGAACAUUCAGAUCAAGAAGACCCAUCGGACUCACAACAUUCGACUAGUUCGGAACAUUCAGAUCAAGAAGAUCCAUCGGAUUCACAACAUUCGAGUAAUUCGGAACAUUCAAAUCAAAAAGAUCCAUCGGAUUCGCAACACUCGACUGAUUCGAAACAUUCAACAGAUUCUGAGCAUUCUUCAAGUUCAGCAUACUUAACAAGUUCGGAGUAUCUGUCAAACCAAAAAAAUCUAACGAAUUCAAAAUGCUCAACUAAUUUAAAACAUUUAUCAGAUCCGAAGAAUCCAACAGAUCAACAGCAAUCGCAAAGUUCAGAACGUCCAGCAACAUUAGAGCAUGCAGCAAAUCCGGAAUAUUCAGAACAUUUUACAAGUCCAAUAGUACUUGAAUUUCUUUCAGCUCCAUCGGAAACUUUUGAGACUUCAGAAAUUUUGCAGUAUUCGGAAAGUCAAAAUUUCUGGACACCUCUUGUAGAGAAGGAUCUUUAUAGCGAAAAAUCAAAGAUUUUAAUUGGUUCCAUUGAUCCGAUGCUAUCAUUUGCAUUAGAAAAAUUGAAGGAGUCUUCGAUGAAAAUGUCAAAUGAUAGCGAUGAUAACAUGGAAACAAAUGAUAUCUGCCCUUCUAAGAGAAAUGCUAAUGCAAUCGGAAAAGAGCCAGAAAAUCCUCAAAGAUUAUUCAAUAUAAUAACUUCUAAAGAACUAUCAAAUUUAGAAAAUGACGAACAUUCAACUGCAUGGAAGAAUUCAUUAAUUAUAAAUGAUGAAUCAUAUAUGGAAUAUUUUAUGUGUUCACGAUAUUCCUCAAUCAAUUUAUCAGAUCAUGAACAAGCAUUCGAUGCGAAUAAUCUGUUAGAUGAAGGAGAACCACAAAAUCAACCUUGUUUGCAUUUAAAUAAUGGUGAUAAUCAUACUGACUGA